AUGGGCGGUGCCGAAAAAGAUAUAUUCGAACCGCGAAUCAUUCGUGCAAUGAAUUCACAACCGAUGGGAGUGUCGAACCAAUUUCUGAGCCAGCCAUCAUCAAUCUCACAAUCGCCAGCCAACUUACAACCUAGAGCAGGUUCGAUUGCUAAUGGCAGUUUUGCCGCACCAAGCGUAUCUCCAACUGCAUCUUCGGUAACGCCAUCCACUAACUUCCGUGUUGCACAGGCCUGUGACCGCUGUAGGUCAAAAAAGACACGUUGUGACGGGAAACGACCUCAAUGCUCGCAGUGCGCAGCAGUGGGCUUUGAAUGCAAAGUUAGCGAUAAGCUUUCUCGCCGUGCUUUUCCCAAGGGCUACACCGAGACUUUGGAGGAACGCGUGAGGGAGCUAGAGGCAGAAAACCGUCGGUUGGUGGCACUGUGCGAUCUCAAAGAUGAACAACUGCAUUUGGUGUCACGGUUUUCGUCCAAGUCUCGUCCUGGAACGACCUCAUCUCCAGAGGAUGAUCGUCUGCUGCAACAACUGAGCUCUUCAAAUGGCGGGUCGCUGCGUGUUAGCUCCACAAAUCUAUAUCUUCUCAACAAGACUUCGCCCUCCGAAGAGGGCAAUGCCGGUAUCCAUAGAUGCCAGGUUUCCAACUGCAGCGACUCAUCUCAUCCUCAUCUUCACGAGAAACCUGUGAGCACGACACUCGCUGACCCUCAGACCAUUUCCUUCGAGCAGAAUGAGGCACCGGGAUUGCCAGCAGUUAGAGCACUUUCCAGUAUGGCAAACCACGAAUAUUCGUCACAACUGGCAUGUCUUGUGGCAUUGUCCAUACCGCGCUCGACUGAAGAGAUUUUAUUCAUUCCUAGGCUACUGGCACGACUGGGACAGGCAUUUGGACUAACGUCAAAGCAAUGUAUCUACACAGCUUCGCUCUUGGCGUCUUUGAAAGAGCCCUCACAAGUAAUAGUACCGAGCACCGAUGGUCUUUCACAACUAAGGAUAAAGAGUCUGUGGGAAAUUGAUGAUCUGAUGUGGUUUUUUACGCAAAGUUGCAGGUUCAACCUUGGCUCGAGCAGCGACCCCGAUGUUUUGUCUUUUGCAGAGAUUGAAGAUCUCAUAUCGCAAUACUUCGAUAGCUGUCACGCACUAAUACCGGUUCUCAACGAAAACGAGUUCUACAGUUACUAUUUCAAAUUCAAGGACGAUCUUAUUCAUGACAAGGAACUUUUCUCUGACACAAGCUCCUCUUUUGCCCACCGCAGCAAAUCCAUUUCAUAUAAAAUCUUUGGCUGUAUUUUGAUGGUGGUGUGUCAGUUUGGAAUUAUGCUCAAAGUCAAGUCCGAAAACCUGAAGACAACCCAUAAACUGAGCCGCGUUAUGAGUUAUUACAACAAUUCGAUUCCAGCACUUAAAUUGAAUCCUUACUUCACAGUCAAAACAACCUCCAUCAAAAUUUUGCAAUUUAUGUCAUUGCUGCUGUUUUAUUUCUUGAACACGGGAGAUGUAUCAUCAGUCUAUGAGCUUAGAGGUAAAAUCGUGUCCAUGGCACAACAAUUGAGACUUCACCGUUGCCCAAGCGCGGUAUUAGGUACCGAGGGCUCAACCAUGAGCAAAAACGAGCAAGGUGAUCGGAGAUUACUUUUCUGGGGUAUUUACUAUUUGGACGUCUUCUCGGCACUACAAUUGGGUGUUCCUCGUUUGUUGAAAGAUCACGAAAUUGAAUGUGCUCUUCCAUUGAGUGAUAAUAGUAAAGAAGGUGUCACCUUAUCAGAUCAAACAGUCAAACUCGAAGGGCAGGUCUCUGAAUUUUCUUUAUCGUUGUUACGUUUUUCGAAAAUUCUGGGUAACAUUCUAGACUCAAUCUUCAAGCGAGGAAUGACCGCUGUUAGUGCUCAACAGGUUGCUUUAAUUCAUGAGAAUGCCUUAGAUAAUUGGAUGAGAAGUUUGCCGCAACAGCUUAGGUUUCAGCUGGACGUAAACGGAACAGUGGAUGUAAAAGAGUUCGGUAUAGCCAACGAAUGGGCUCAGGAACGUGGUCAAGGAGAUAAGAGGGCUCUUGUGAUUCUGUAUUUCAUGAUAAAAUGCUUGGUUCAUCUACCGGUGCUGGCCGCGAGACCCUUGUCCGCCGGACCACACAGUGAGAUGGAUUCUGAGGAUACUUUGAUCACUGAUGAUCUUGAUGGAUCUGCUGACCGCUCCUCGUCGCACGUUCUUUUACAACAAGCUAUCAAUACUUUUUUGAGCGUUCAGUCAACCUUGGGAAGUCGCUAUCUACCGCUUGCGAUUAAUAUGCCCAGAAUCAAGUCCCAGUUCGCGCUGCUUAGCGCCAGAGGUACUUUAGAUUAUACCAAAGGUGGUACACUGUUCCAGAUCAGUAAGAAUUUGCUACUAGAUGUGGUGAAAGAGCUUGAAGAUACCAAAAGGUUGGAAUUACCUGGGUCGCUCUCGUGGCAUAGCUUGAUUUUGUUAGAUAUGGCUAUCAAUGUCAUCUUACAGCCGCCGCAAAUAAACCCUGAGAAACUCGAUAAGCUUCUAGGGAAGCGCCUUCAGUACUACAACAAGCUAAUGGGCCGUCCAAGCACUAAUUCCGGCUAUAAACGGAAACACGAGGUACAAAACGAGGGAAAUCCACCGAAAUUAACUCCUGCAAGUUCCGAGUGUGAGUCUCCCUUUGAGAAGAAAGUGAAAAUGGAACGUCAUGAUAGUCUCUCGACUGUCCAAGAGGAUGCAAAACCUCUGCCUGCAGGAAGGGAAUCGGGUCCCAACAGUAAGAGCCACUUUGGUGGAAGCAAUCCUCAGAAUGCUAUUGCAGAGGCUUUCCAGUUUGACUCAGUUUUGAACAGUAGCUCUUUCAGCAACACAGAUUUGAGCGCAUUCUUUACUGCAGACGGAGGGGUGCCGAAUAUGGGGAGCGGCAUGUCAAGCUUGAAUCUUGCCACAGUGGGAAAUGGCGAAACGACCAACAGUCACCCAGGCGGGACUGAUACUCGCGGUCAGCUGCAAACUUCCUUCGACGAUGGACUUUUCAGAGUACCGAGUAACGGCGAUUUCUUGAAGGACUACUACCGGGUACCUGGUGCUUCGUCUUCACAGUUGAAUCUUAUGUUUUUGGGUGCUCAUGCAGGUUCAGGAGGUCAGGAUGCGUCUCAUAUUCCCAACAACACUAACAAAAUUAAUAGUCAUGGCAACAGCAAUGACGCUGGAACAGCAUUAGGAUCCGCUGUCGGAACGAAUCAAGCGUCGAUGUUGGCCCGCGGAUCCGGCUUUACAGUCGACGCAUCGCUUGGAUUGGCACCGCUAUUGGCUUGGAGUCCGACAGGUACUGAAGGACAAGAUACACGCACCACGUCUUUCCCGGGAUCCUUCGCAUCUGUCAGUGCAGCUGUUCCGACCAGGCGAGACCCUCGUGGGGAUGCUCAUUACGAGUCGAUGGGAGACUCGAAACAGGAUAAUGGGGAUGAUACUGCAAUAACAAUGCCUGCUAGGGCGCACCGCGGACCUCGCCGGCGGUGGAAUGCAACGUCUGGGACGACAGGAGAACAAAUGCAGUAUUCUCAGGAAAACAACAACAACAAAAAUAACAUUGACAAUAACAACAGUGAUGGUGGUUUCCAGGACCUUUUCCAAUGGCAGAAUUCAGGAUUUUAA